AUGGAAUCAAGUUCUGGAGAUGAAUGCCAGACCAAGGAGAUGGAGACUAUCGAGCGACUGAUUGUCUCAAUUCCGCAAUAUGACAAUCCAUUACGAUCACCAUUACCUAUAGAGGCACCUAUAGAUGCUCUUACUGAAGACUUUGUGACGCAGAUUUCCACAGGGUCCCCACUCCGGUCGAUAACGCAGAUAUUUGAGUCUACCGGAAAGUUUCUCUUAUAUAAAUAUGCGGCACUUGAAGACGAGGAUCGCAAGAUUUCACGCCUAUGUCAACUGAUCGACGUCAUUUGGAUCCUUUCUCGCAAAGAUCUAGGACAUGUUGAACUCCGUCUUGUACACGAAUUUCUGGAAGAUCUGUUUGAUAUUCAAACGAUUGAUUGGUGCCAGACAUUCUGGCCUUUCCUGGAGUAUCGGGAGUCACGAAUCGCUUCGAAUCUCAAUGGAGCACGGCGUCCAGGAACCGAUCUGAUCCGCAUAUGCAAUGCACUCCUAAAACGAUUAUCGAAGACCCAACACUCGUCCUUUGCAGGCAGAAUUUUGAUUUUCCUCGGCAAAGCUUUCCCUCUGAGUGAGCGAUCUGGUGUGAAUCAGCGGGGAGAGUUUGAUAUUGAAAACACUACACAAUGGGACCAAGAUGUCGACGAUAAAGUUUACUCUUACUUCUGGGAUCUUCAAAAGUAUUUUGCGGAUCCUCUUGCACUUUUCACUCAGCAGGCUGAACGAUCGAAGUUUCAAGAACGACUCACGCUCGUACUGGCAGAACUGAAGAAGUACUCGAACGUUGGCGUUCCCAGUGAGAAAUCGUCUUCCUCAACUUCAAACACAAACUCUGGAAACGAAAAUGGUCCUGUCCAGAUGAAGGAUAGAAGCUCAAUCUCUGAGGGCGACGAGGAACGAUACGUGCCCAAAUGGCUGACGAGUAAGUCUUUGUUUGAGCUGGAGCUUAAUGACACCCUAUUCAGGCGGACGAUAUACAGUCAGAUAUACUUUAUCUGUGACUUGAUCAUUGGCAAUAUGCAGCAGGCUGAAGGGAUCCGGAACAAAAGCGUACAAUAUGCACAGAUUGCUGAUCCUGAUUUCAUGAAGUUCAUCUCUGAAGUUCAGGAUUCUCUCACUAAGACGCAGACAUCUCGAACUAUCGACCUGGAUUCAGCAUUCAUUCGGUCGCUGAAAGUUGUUGUAGCACGAGACAAAAACUGGCAGAAUUGGAAGAGACAAAAUACCCCAUCAUUUGAGAAGCCCUCACUUUCCUCAGACGCUUUGGAAUCUGCAAGCGAUACAUUAGCAAAGCAAAAAGGGUUAAAGCGACCAUACCAGUUCAUGAUGGGUACCCCUGCAUUGUCACGCUUGUACAAAGAGGCAACUGGACUGGAACUACUCAGAAAUCGGAAGAAGUUUGAAAUACCAGAGCCCACAGAAUAUCAUGCAAAGGUGAAGAAAUUAAAAGAGGUUGGGGAAGAAGGUGGGGAUCAUGCAGACAUUGACUACGAGUUACUGUCUUCAGUCGAAUGGCGAGGAUUGCGUAUUGCUAGAAUGCAUGGUUUAUGGGGUCAGUUUGACAAAAUGAAUGAGAGGAGUAUCGACGCAAUAUUCCGAGAGAAGGAGUGA